GAGCGUGAAUUUCAAUAAAACAUUUAUUUUCUUGUUUUUAACUUUAAGUCGCAAAAUAUAUCCAAAAUUAUAAUGUGAUUUUUAAAGAAAUGCAUUUAAUAUCCCGUUGAAAUUAAUGUAGAUAUCAUCCACGGACACAAACACAAGAGGGCAGCUUAGCGUUGUGAGGAACGACUUCUACAAUCCGAUUUGAUGUUUUGUUUGAGGUUUUCUUUGCAAAAGCAAAAGAUUAUGAUUCACGUAUCUAAAUGAAGUGUUAAUCUUUAUUUAAGCAGUUUUUAUUAUUGGCAUUUACAUAAAUAAUGGAUUCUUCGAGAAGAAAUAACUUUGAAGAUCAACGGUGCAUCCUAGGACUACAAGAUUUGAAAUUAUCCAACAAAGAUGAGGACGGUACUGAGCAAGCGCACGGGGCUGCAACAUCGAAAACAAAUUCUCUCGCCAAGGCUCGGCCUGUAGGAGCGAUCGAAAGCUUCGUUCUGGACAACACCCAGACUAAUAGACAGGAUUACAGUUUUUACGAACGUUCUAACGUGAUAGCAGCUUCAAAGUUCGCGACUCCAAAGCGUGUGGAAACGAUAGCGUCGAUCAAUAAACGCGAUAUAAACACCGCGGCACUCCCCGCGAGCCCAACACGAUCCAUCGAUAGUAAGUCACAGAGGUCGCUCAGUUACCAAACUGAGGACCUGUACGAGAUUCCUGCAAACCCAAAUUCUCAGUUUCCACCUCCUGUGUAUGAAAACAUAGAAUACUACGGCGAACAGAGAUCCCAGCAGCCGCCGUACUUCCACCAGUUGUAUCAGGCCGGUGCGCCACCGCCGCCGCCACCGCCCGUGUCCGACGGCUACUACGACACACGCUAUAGCAAGGCUCAACCGCAAGUACCUGUUAACGCUAAGCCUAAACAUAACCCCACUGUGUACGAAAAUAUGCUUUGUUCAGAUGCUGAUAAGAAAAAUGAAUAUAAACCACUUCCCAAGAAUGAGCAACGUUUUGUUCAGCAAGGAUCAAUGCCAGGACCACAAGUGCCUAAUACUGCUUCCAACAGGAGCAUUUCUCAGUUAUUAAUGAAUGACAAAGGCAUAUCAGAAAAAACUCCUCCACCACCUCCAUAUAAUUCCUCCCAAGACAGCUCGAGCAGUGAUUACACAGUUAUGAAAUCAGCUCCACCUAAGUACACUGAUGUCACAGCUCUUCUUAAGAAUGGCAGUGCUUCAAGUUUUGACAGUAAAGUUGUGCCAUCAACUGCUAUAUAUGCUUCAAUAGCUCCCAGUGCUCAAAGGCCUAAAGCUCACUCUGCUACUGAAGUUCAACAGAACCCCAAGUUUUAUCACUCUAAGCCUAAUCCAGGUAUUGACAAGCCUCCAGCUAUAAAUGGUGGAUUUGCAAAACCACCACCAGUUAAUCGAAUGCAGAUAGUGGAUGAUGCCAAUGGUUCGGACUAUGUAUGCAUGAGUGGAGGUUCCCCAGCAACAACAGUUCCCACAACAAGAGAUAACAUAUCAUCUGGCUCAGAAUCUCUAGGAUCGAGGAACUUAGUGUCGGGUCUGCCAUCUCUGUGCUCUCCGGCAGCAUCACCAGCACCAAGCCCAACACCUAGUUCUGUAUCAGGUGUGUCUGGAGUGUCAGGUGGCUCCCGCGGCUCAGGAGGACGAGGAAAGAGCUUGCUGCCAUAUAGCAUCACACCACCGCGCCCUGCCGGUCCAAGUGAGGCACAGCGUAAGAUUGAAGAACUGACAAGGCAGCUUGAAGAGGAAAUGGAGAGGCAGGAUGAGGAAGGAGAAUACUUUGGCAUCUGCCACACCUGCGGCACGGGCGUGACGGGCGCCGGGCAGGCGUGCCAGGCCAUGGGCAACCUGUACCACACCAACUGCUUCAUCUGCUGCUCGUGUGGGCGCGCGCUGCGCGGGAAGGACUUCUACAAUGUGCACGGCAAGGUGUACUGCGAGGAGGACUACUUGUAUUCCGGAUUCCAGCAGACUGCUGAAAAAUGUGCAAUAUGUGGCCACUUAAUCAUGGAAUUGAUCCUGCAAGCGAUGGGCAAGUCUUACCACCCGGGCUGCUUCCGCUGCUGCGUCUGCAACGAGUGCCUCGACGGCGUGCCCUUCACCGUGGACGUCGACAACAAGAUAUACUGCGUCAACGACUACCAUCGCAUGUUCGCGCCCAAAUGCGCUAGCUGCGGAAAAGGCAUCACUCCGGUGGAGGGCACGGACGAGACGGUGCGCGUGGUGUCGAUGGACCGCGACUUCCACGUGGACUGCUACAUGUGCUGCGUGUGCGGCAUGCAGCUCACCGACGAGCCCGACAAGCGCUGCUACCCGCUCGCCGGCAAGCUGAUGUGCCGCUCGUGCCCUGCCACCAUCGGCGCCGCGGGGCCCGGCCAGCCGCCCGCGCCGCACCUGUCGCCCGCCUCCUACCAGUACAUGGGCUAGCCUCCCGCACACACACACACACACACGGGAGGCUUCGCAUGUCACAAACACCGGAAUACUUGAGCACAGUGCGCGGUUACAAAACUGAACUUGUGGGCUCAAAUUGCCACACCUAACACGAGAUCUGUCUUCAACUUACACUACAGCAGUCUACAAUGUUUUCUCAAAACACCCAAAUAUCGUUCUUAUUUAUUUUAUUCUAGCAAUAAAAUUAAUAUAUCGUCACUACUUUAAAAAAAUCUCGUAUCUCACGCUGUUCCUCAAAGUUAAAACGCAGUAAGUCUAUAUGCAUUCCAUACAUACUUACUACAAUCUUCUUUUCAUUGACAGAUGAAGAUACAAGUUUUUUUAAAGUAGUGACGAUAUGUAAUCUACGAUUUCAAGAUAAUUCAUAUUACCGAAAACUAGCUAUCAAAUCUGAAUCUUGAUACGGAAUUCUAAGUGAAUUUCUACUGGCGCAUAUAUAUGAAGGAGAAAACCGUAGUAUUAAUGCCUGGAAUAUGAUUAAGCAGUAGGUCAGCGUUACUCUAUUACUAUAGCGC